UCAUCGCACGAACUUCAAAGACUAAAGAGCAUGUUGCGUCCAAAGGACUACGUGAUUCCACUCGGGGGCAGUUAUUCCAUAGCCCGACUACAAGGGACACACACUCAGUUAGCGGAUUAAAGAUGAAAACGAGAGGAAGUAGAAGCAAGAAGAGUAAUAAGAAAGAACUUGUCAGAUGCCAAAGAAAGUUUUAACUUACUGUCUGACGCCAUACAUCUGGGGCUCAAGGGCAAGAGUGUCUUUCUUUUUUCUUGCCUCCAAGCAUUGAAUUGAUCAAAUGCAGCCUUGUGGAUUUGUCUACAUUUGGCUCCUCUGCUCAGUGCUGCUUAUUUUUGUGGUCCUUGGGUCCCCGGUCGGGAAUAGGGAUGAGACAGCAAAGCAUCACGAUUCCAGAAGCCAAGCAAGUGGUAAUGGCAGCGGGAUAGCCAUUGUGUCCUUCAGGUGGGAUCACGUGGAGGGGCCUUAUGUCGUUGCAAUUGGGGUACUGUUGGCAUUUUUGUCAAAACUAGUGAUCGAGGCCAAUCAUAAUGUGACCUACAUAAUCCCAGAGAGCGCCCUGCUCAUUUGCUUUGGCUUCAUCAUGGGUCUCAUCAUCUGGGCUUCAAACACAGUGCACCUUUUCAAACUGACCCCGACCGUAUUCUUCUUCUACCUGCUUCCACAAAUCAUCCUGGACGCCGGCUAUUUCAUGCCAAACAAACUGUUCUUCCGAAACAUUGGAACCAUUCUGGUCUACGCCGUCAUCGGGACAUUGUGGAAUACUGUCAGUUUGGGGUUCACCCUGUGGGGCUGUCAGAAGGGAGGAGCCAUGGGUGAAUUGGACAUGGACUUGCUACAUUAUCUUUUAUUCAGCUGCGUGAUUGCCGCCGUGGACCCGGUGGCUGUUUUUUCCGUGUUUGAAGAGGUCCACGUCAAUGAGGUCCUUUUCAUUCUGGUUUUCGGAGAGUCACUCCUCAAUGAUGGUGUGACUGUGAUGCUCUUCAAUACGAUCGAGGCAUUUAUUCCCCAGUACAAACCCUACAUUGAUUUUUGGGAUAUAUUCAGUUCAGUAGUUUCCUUUUUUUUGGUGGCAGUUGGUGGCUCCCUCCUCGGUCUCGUGUUUGGUUUGCUGCUCUCUCUCCUGACCCGAUACACCAGAAGCAUCCAGAUCAUUGAGCCAGGUUUCAUCUUUGUGGUGGGGUACCUCUCCUACCUCACCGCUGAGAUGCUCUCGCUUUCUGCCAUUCUUGCGACCGUCUUUUGUGGCGUGUCCUGCAAAAAGUACAUCAACGCAAACAUGGACGAAAGGUCCGUCACCACAGUCCGAUAUGCCAUGAAGGUUCUCGCCAACGGAUCCGAAACCACCAUUUUUGUUUUCCUUGGAAUUUCGGCUAUCGAUAAGACGUUAUGGGUGUGGAACACGGGCUUUGUCCUGAUCACACUCAUCUUCAUCUUUGUCUAUCGCUUCAUCGGAGUCUUUUUCCUCACCUGGAUCAUGAACAAAUUCCGGCUGAUGCAACUGGAGGUCAUCGAUCAGAUUAUCAUGAGCUACGGUGGCCUGCGAGGGGCGGUGGCCUACGGCCUGGCAAUGAUGCUGGAUGAAAACAAAAUCAAGGAGAAGAAUUUAAUGGUCUCCACCACUCUGAUUGUCGUUUAUUUCACUGUCAUCCUUCAGGGACUGGCACUGAAACCUCUUGUCACUUGGCUGAAAGUAAAGAGGGCUUCAGAGACGGAGCACACGCUCAUAGAAACAGUGCAGAAUAAGGUCUUCGAUCACAUGCUCGUUGCAAUUGAAGAUAUAGCUGGACAAUUUGGUCACAACUACAUGAUGGACAAGUGGAAUCAUUUUGAAGAGAAGUGGGUGGCGCCAAUUUUGAUGAAGCCAUCGGCGAGGAAGAAUCGUGAUUACGUCUUCAAAGUGUUCCACCGGCUCAACCUCAAGGAUGCCAUCAGCUACGUCACCGAGGGUGAACGCAACGGCUCUUUGGGACUGAUUCGCAAUCAGUCGGGAGUUAUUGAAAUUGAGAAAAAGUUUGCGCAAAAAUCUUCGAAGGUGAUGCCCGACAUCAUGGCUAACAUGGGAGACGAUCGCGGUGCGGUGUCCACGUUGGGUAGAAGAGAAGCUUGGCCUUCGGUGAGCUUGGAAAUGCACGAGCAGUCCCUCAAGGGCGCGAAGCAAACAGAAGACAUCAGUCACCACCUGCUGCAACAACACUUGUACAAAGGCAGAAAGCAGCACCGGCAUAGAUAUAGCAGGAGCUACAUUGACGUCAACAAGGACAAAAAAGAAGCAGAGGAGAUCUUCCAGAGAACUAUGAGAAAUCGUUUGGAGUCUUUUAAGUCGGCAAAGAUGGGCAUUGCUCCAAAGACAGUCGCAAAGUACCCCAAAAAACUCCAUGACCAUAAGAUGUCAAGUGGGAAACUUUACCGUUACGGUAACGAAGAGCCCGAUAUCGUCGAGGAGGACAGCACCUCCAGCUACGAGGCAUCAGAUGAUUCACUCCCCAUGAAGGUCCUCCGGAAAGCGGAAGCUGAAAAUGAGAAGCCGGUCUUCAUGUUGGAAAUGGAGUCUGCAGCAUCAACACUAACCCCACCCUGGUUGUCGCCGACGGAGGCCGAUGGCAACACAGCGGCCCCGUCGGAGCGAGCUCGGGAAAGAUUGCCGUGUACACCCGGCAGCGUGCGCCGCCUCUCGCCCUUCACAGACAUGCAGGCUGGUGCACCAGAUGCAGACAACAGUAGCGAUGAUGAGCUCCCACCGACAUCACCGCCGCCGCCGCCACCACCACCAACAUCCUAA